CCCCCGGAGCCGGGCAUGGCGCUCAACAAUUUGGUAACCCUAAUUCGACAUCCAUCUGAGCUGAUGAAUGUUCCUCUUCAUCAGCAACAAAACAAAUGUACAACGUUAGUGAAAAACAAAACUGCUGCUGCAACUACUGCUUUGCAAUUUACAUACCCAGUGUUUACUACAAAUGCUUGCUCUACCGGUGCAACCUCUAAUCUUCCACAAACGCAGAGUUCUAGUAAUUCAUGUUCUAUACUUGAAGCUGCCAAGCACCAGGAUAUUGGGUUGCCUAGAGCAUUUUCUUUUUGUUAUCAGCAAGAAAUUGAAUCCACUAAACAGACUUUGGGUAGUAGGAACAAAGCUUUGCCGGAGCAGGUUUGGAUUAAAGUGGGAGAAGAAGCGCUAUGUAAACAAGCAAUAAAUAAGAGGAAUCGGAGCAGAGUACGUCAGUUGGACACAAACGUAGAACGAAGAGCCCUUGGAGAGAUUCAGAAUGUGGGCGAAGGCUCCACAGCUGCACAGGGUGCUUGGCAAUCCUCGGAGUCCUCACAGUCGAACCUGGGGGAGCAGGCCCAGAGCGGGCCCCAGGGAGGAAGAUCUCAGCGCAGGGAGAGGCAUAACCGAAUGGAGCGAGAUAGAAGGCGCAGAAUCCGCAUUUGUUGUGAUGAGUUGAAUCUUUUAGUCCCGUUCUGCAACGCCGAGACUGAUAAGGCAACAACUCUUCAGUGGACCACGGCAUUCCUGAAAUAUAUUCAGGAAAGACACGGAGAUGCUCUUAAAAAGGAAUUUGAGAGUGUAUUUUGCGGUAAAACUGGCAGAAGGCUAAAGCUGACCAGACCCGACGCCUUGGUGACCUGCCCGGCACAGGGGAGCCUGCAGAGCAGCCCCGCGAUGGAGAUCAAGUGAUCGCUGGACGGGGAUCCUCCGUGACCCACGCGCUUCCCGCAACCCCGGAGCUCCGCCCUGACGGUCUGACUCGAAAGGGACUUGGCUCGAGUUGGCGGGACUCCAGUAGGGACUUUGAGAGCACAUUUUGUGAAAAUAUUUGUCUAGAACAAAAUGCCUAUCCAUUAAUGUCCUCUGAGACCAUUUGGGGAUAAAGACAUCUUGACAAUUAGUAAUUUUCAAUUAUCUGUCUGAUUCCAUCAUGUUGU